GUAGUGCUUUAGCAGGGCGCAUUCGACCACGGAAGAUGUUUUCGUGGAUUGGCGGUGAUUCGUCUAAAAAGAAGCAACAAGAGGUCCUCGAAACUGUUAGCGAUGGGUUACGAAAGAUCUACAAACAGAAAUUGUUACCAUUGGAAGAAUAUUAUAGAUUCCACGAUUUUCAUUCACCAGCUCUUGAUGAUCCCGACUUUGAUGCCAAGCCAAUGAUACUUCUAGUAGGACAGUACUCAACAGGAAAAACAACAUUUAUCCGGUACUUACUGGAGGAAGAUUUUCCGGGAAUCAGGAUAGGACCCGAGCCAACCACUGAUCGAUUCAUUGCUGUUAUGUGGGGUGAAGAUGUUGGCUCUAUUCCUGGUAAUGCGCUUGUUGUCGAUUCUAAGAAACAGUACAGAGCACUGAGCAGAUUCGGGAAUGCAUUCCUCAAUCGAUUCCAAUGUUCAACCUUAAAUAAUGAGGUGCUGAAAAGUGUUACCAUCGUGGAUACACCUGGGAUACUGAGUGGAGAAAAGCAAAGGAUUGAUCGAGGAUAUGACUUCACGGGCGUUUUGGAAUGGUUUGCGGAGCGCGUGGAUCGGAUUAUUCUGUUAUUCGAUGCUCAUAAGUUAGAUAUUUCAGAUGAGUUCAAACGUUGCAUCGAAGCACUCUCAGGAAAUGAGGACAAGAUUAGAAUUGUUUUGAACAAAUCUGAUAUGGUCGACCAUCAACAAUUAAUGCGUGUUUACGGGGCGUUGAUGUGGUCCUUAGGGAAGGUAUUUAAAACCCCGGAAGUAUCACGAGUAUAUAUUGGUACAUUCUGGGAUCAUCCUUUGCAUUACGACAUAAACCGAAGGCUUUUCCAAGAUGAGCAACAUGAUUUGUUUGCCGAUUUACAAGCUUUGCCCAGGAAUGCGGCAUUAAGAAAGCUCAAUGAUCUUAUCAAACGGGCUAGGCUUGCCAAGGUCCAUGCAUUCAUCAUAGCAGAAUUGCGCAAACAAAUGCCUUCAAUGAUUGGUAAGGAGAAAAAAAGAAAGAGCUUAUUCAAAAUCUUGAUAAAAUAUUCGAGCAGCUACAGCUUUAAAUGUGGUUUCAUUCAUAGUAAGUCCAAAUUUCUUCUCUCCAUGAUUUCGAUGCUUUUUAAGACACAUAAUGAUGCGAUUACUUCCUUUCAGCGUGAACAUAAUAUUUCGGCGGGUGAUUUUCCGGAUAUCAACAAAAUGCGUGAACAUUUACCGGAUUAUGACUUCACCAAAUUCAACCCAAUUAAGCCAAAAUUGUUAGAUGUUGUUGAUGGAAUGCUUGCUUCUGAUAUUGCUCGAUUAAUGGCUCAAAUUCCAAAAGAAGAGAAUGCUUCAAUUACAAACGGCUUGCCUCAACCUCAUCAGGCAGAGGUUCAUGGUGGUGCUUUUGACCAAGCUGUUGAAUCAGAAACUCCUUUUGGUUUUGGUAAAGGAGAAGGUUUCGAUAAGGGUGCUAAUGAAUCCGGUUGGGUGGUGGCUCGAGAAAGAUAUAAAGCGGAUGAAAUGUUUGAUAGUUUGGAUCCCAUAGAUGGCAAAAUAACAGGUCGAGCAGCAAAGGAACAUAUGGUCAAGUCGAAACUACCAAAUGCUGUUUUGGGUAAAAUAUGGAAGCUAUCAGAUGUUGACAAAGAUGGAAUGUUGGAUAGUGAUGAAUUUGCCCUUGCAAACUAUUUAAUCAAUUUGAAACUUGAAGGACACGAAUUGCCAACUGAACUGCCGAAGCACUUGAUUCCGCCAUCAAAACGUGAUGAAGAUCCCAUCUAUCCUACAUUAGAUUCCUAA